CAUUUAACAGAUCAAAGAAGCCGGAUACAUUUUGCAUUGCGAUUUCGAAUUGUUUCUUUUUUUUAAAUUUAAGCAAUAAUACAAUGAGUGCACCAUUGUUUAACGUCUCUUUGAAUCAAAUUAAACGUGAUAUUCAGUUAACCCAAAUAGAAUGUAGAAAACGUGGUUUAACACACACUGCUGUUUGGUUGGCCGAAUUGAAAUUGGGCUUGGAUCCUGAUUUACUUAAAGAAAGUGCGUCGUUGUCAUCAUCGUCUUCAACCGAAAGUUUAUUGGAUGCAAUGAAAAAUUGCUAUACCGAUGGCAUUGCAGAAAAAGAACGUGAUGUUUACGAUUUAGCGCGAAACUAUUAUGAUGCACGUGAGUACGAUCGAGCUGCACAUAUUAUUCGUUAUGCAGAAUCACCGGUGCCGCGAUUUUUGUACUAUUACUGUAUGUAUAUGUCAAAAGAGAAAAAGCGACUGGAUAAUAUGACCGACAAAGCCAAUUUGAUUGAAUCCGGCCAAUUCCGUGAUUUAUCGGAUUUGAUGGUGAAACUUCGCAGUUUGCAUUCGAAACGGAAAUUGGAUGCAUUUUGCUUGUAUUUGUAUGGUGUCGUAUUGAAAAAACUUGAUCUCAAAGAAUUGGCUGUAACAGUUCUCGUUGAAUCUAUUAAUGCAAUGCCGACAUUGUGGUGCUCAUAUAUGGAGCUCGUACCACUGUUGGCCGACAAAGAUGAAAUCUACUCGGUCAACAUUCCGAAUCACUGGAUGAAAGCCAUCUUUCUGGCUCAUGCACACGUCGAACUGCUGUUGAGCGACAAAGGAAUCAAGCUGUACAAUGAAUUACAAAAAUCUGGUUUCAAGAAUUCAACAUACAUGGUGGCACAGAUUGGAAAAGCAUUUCAUAAUAAACGAAGCGUUGAAAAAGCCAUCGAACAAUACGAAGUACUGCAAGAUAUGGAUCCAUAUCGUUUGGAUAACAUGGACAUUUACUCGAAUCUGUUGUUCGUGAAAGAAAUGAAGAAGGAAAUGUCUGAAUUGGCACAUAAAGCCAUGGAAAUCAAUAAAUAUCGACCGGAAACCUGCUGUGUCAUUGGUAACUAUUACAGUAUUCGGUCCGAUCAUACAAAAGCAGUUGUAUACUUUCAACGUGCACUAAAAUUGGAUCCAACCUACCUAUCGGCGUGGACGCUAAUGGGUCAUGAAUUUAUGGAAAUUAAGAACACCAAUGCGGCCAUUCAAAGUUAUCGCAAAGCAGUCGAGGUGAACAUUCGCGAGUAUCGGGCAUGGUAUGGUCUUGGGCAAGCAUACGAAAUAUUGAAGAUGCCAUCGUACAGUUUGUACUACUAUAAAAUUGCACAAGAGUUGCGCCCGUACGAUAGUCGAAUGUUGGUUGCACUUGGUGAAACCUAUGAGAAACUUGAGCAAUAUUCAAAUGCUCUUAAAUGCUAUCAAAGAGCAUACACUGUUGGUGAUAUCGAGGGUAUGACGUUGCUCAAGCUUGGAAAUCUCUAUGAAAAACUUGGCGACAUUGAAAGUGCCGUACCAGUUUACAUCGAAUUUUGCAAAGACGAACGAACAAUCGUCGAUAAGGCAUCAUUAUGCCGUGCUUAUAUUACGCUUGGAAAUUACUAUGAACGAAGUGGCAAGUUUGAUGAGGCCUCACGUUAUGCACACAAAUGUUUAGGAUUCGAUGAUGUUAAAAUUGAAGCUCAGGCACUAUUGAAUACGAUAAAAAAUAAACGAAAUAUUAGUCCAUUGUCACCAACAAUGGAACCAAUCGAUCCGGCUCCGGAAGUUGAAGACCCAUCAGUAUCGCCGUCUACAUCGCAACCAAGCACACGGUCACUUCGUACAUCAAUCAUGCAAAUGUCCAUGGACAUGGAACUAUCGAAUGGUGAAGGCGAUGAUGACAGUGACACAAGCAGCACAGACACAUCCGAAUAAAUUCCAGUUUUCAAUAUUCAUCGAUUCAUUUCAAAAUUGAUUAGUUAUAUACUCGUUAAAAUUAAAUUUUUCUCCACAUAAAAUGUAUUUUUUUUU